GUCGCAUCCAUGCUCUCUCAGUAGCUCCGCUCGUGCCCCUAUCUUCCGCCAUUCCGCCAUGUUCAUGACCAAUAGCGAAUCCUUCAUCGAGCCCGCAGCCAGCUCCUCAGAUGCCGACGACAUCGAUUCGCUCCCCUCCUCGUCUACAGCUUCGUCUGUAUCCGACGAUGAAUACGUAUCAGACGCCGAGCGCGAGUGGCGAGAAUCGUUGCAGCAGCUCGAACUGCUGCUAACCAUGGUGGUAGUGCCGUACGUAGGGAAAUACUUUGGGAGAAAAUGCGCCUAUUGGGGCUGGGCCAAGUUCAUGGAAUGGAAAUACCCUAUCCAAAUCGUCGUCACCAGUCCGAAGCUGUUCAAAGGCGCAGGAGCCAUCGAGGCCGUGGCCUCAUUGUAAGGGACAUACGAGUUGAAGCAAUUACGUGAGCUUGGGUAUAGCAAUAGGGUCAUAGCAUACGGCAACAUCAUUGGCGUUUUGGGGACCUUUCGUUUCAGCAUCUGUACGGGUUGCACACUUACGCGUAUGGAAUAAGCCUGCUCAGCUUCACAGAGGAUAGGCAAUAGAACCAUAUCGGCACAUUCUCUACGGAUAGGGCCGGUGUUUUUGUUCGUGUCGAUUUUAG